AUGUCUAUUAAACUUAACGAAUUGGUUGAUUCAUUAAUUGAAACAGCACCACCAGCAGAAUUAAAAAAUGUGUCUCAAUCAUUAUCAUCAUUAACUACAUCAUCAAUUGAUGACAAUAUUGAAAAAUAUGCUCAAGAAAAUGCAGUUGUUAUUGAUAAUACAAUUGUAUCUAAAUAUAAUAAAGAUAAGAAUUCAUCAAAAUAUAUUGAUUAUAUUAAUAAUAAAAAAUUUAAUGUUGAUUGGAUAAAUUGUAAAAUUAUUGAUGUUGAAAAUUAUGAAUCAAAUUUUGAAUAUCCUAAAAUAUAUCAAGAAUUAAUUGAUAAAUUAAAUCAAUAUGGUGAAGAUUAUUAUCCUUCAACUUUUGCAUUUACUAUUAUUCCUACUGAAGAUGAAGAAUUAAGAAUUAUUAUUAUUGGACAACGUGCAAAUCAUGAUAAUUUUUAUACUGGACAAUGGAAAUCGAAUUAUUUAAUUUCUAAAAAUCUGAAUAUUUCAGGUGAAAUUAAAUUAGAUAUUCAUUAUUUUGAAGAUGGUAAUGUUAGAUUAAAAUUUAUUGAAGAAAUAUCUGAUAUUAAAAUUGAUAAUUCUUCAAGUUCAAAAAUUGUUAAUUUUAUUAAUGAUCAAGAAAAUAAAGUUGUUAUUAAAAUUGUUGAUCAAUUUAAUAAUUUAAAUCAACAAUCUUUUAAAAAUUUAAGAAGAUUAUUGCCUGUUACUAGAUCCAAAAUAAAUUGGGGUUCUGCUAUUGGUAAUUAUAGAUUAGGAAGUGAUGUAGUUAAUAAAAAAUAA